ACAGGGGUGGGCAUGGCGCAGGCAGGAGCAAGCAGGAGCAGGCAGGAGUGGCUAUAGCCCGGCUUGGCAGCAGGUAUGGCCCAGGCAGAGGUGAACAUGGCACAGGCAGGGGUGGCCACGCCACUGGGCAGCGAGCUGCGUGGCCACACCGCCCUUCCCUGGUGCCGCAGGACAAAGGUUUUGUUCUUCUGCCCACACUGGGGCCUUGCGCGGGCAGCGGCGCCAGGCAGCAGCGGCUCCCACGCCACGCGCGGAGGGGGAGCUCCUGCUCCUUUGUCUCCGCCGGCAGCCGAGAGCGGCAGUGCCCCGGCAGCGUCCCGGCGGGAGCGGCGGAGGACGGCGGGACCGAGUUCCCCCCUGUCCUGGCACAGCCGGCACCGGCUCAGCCUCGCUGCCCCGGGCAGGGAACGCGGAGGAGCUGAGCUCUUCAUGACGGAAACCCCGGCGGGGAGCGUGCGGAGCGGGGACAGCCGCGGCCGUGCCUGGGGACGCGGAGGACGGCGACAGCAUUGGGGACAAGGACAGCCACGGUCGGCACCCACCGCGGCGUCGGCCGCCGGCCAUGGGAAACGGCAUGAGCCAGAUGCCAAAGACCUGGAGCAGCUGAGCAGGAACAAGAUCACCCACAUCGUUUCCAUCCAUGAGUCUCCCCAGCCCUUGCUGCAGGACAUCACCUACCUCCGGAUCCCUCUGCCAGACACCCCUGAGGCCAACAUCAAGAGGCACUUCAAGGAGUGCAUCAGCUUUAUCCACCAGUGUCGCCUGCACGGAGGGAACUGCCUCGUCCACUGCCUGGCUGGCAUCUCCCGCAGCACCACCGUGGUGGUCGCCUACGUCAUGGCCGUGACGGAGCUGAGCUGCCAGGAGGUGCUGGAUGCCAUCAGGACCAUCCGGCCCGUGGCCAACCCCAACCCUGGCUUCAGGCAGCAGCUGGCUGAGUUCGGCGGAGGCUCAGCUCGCAAGGUCCGCAGGCACCUGAAGCAGAGGUUUGGGCCAUCCCCUUUCAACGACGAAGAAGAGAUCAAAGCCUUGCUGCCAGCAGGGAGGGGAGGAUCAGCCAGGGCAGAGGGAGCCCGGCAAGGACUGGUACAAAGAGGCAGAGACAUCAGGAGCACAACUCCCUUCCUGCUGCGGGUGAAGAGGACAUUCUCCUGCAUCCCAGCUUGUCUGAAGUGACCCCCAGGCAAGGGAGAGUGGCCAGAGUCACCCAGCAGCCUGGGAGAGAGGAAGGAGCCACAGCAGAGCAGGCCAGGGCAGCACGCUGCAGGGGAGCCAGGUCAACCCUGCUCCUUCUUCUCUUCUCCGUGCCACCCCCUGACCUGGCUCUCAGCUGCUAGGGAGGGACUCAUGGGCACUGCCAAGCUCUGCAGCCUGUGGUGGGCUCAGCCUCUUCUCAUCCAGCAUCCUGGGGACGCUGCUGCAAGGUGUCCCCAGGUCACUGCAGACUCCUGCUGGGAGCAGGAUGACAGAUGGGGGCUCACCAGCACCUGGGUGGUGCCAGCAGCAACUUUACCCCUCGGGUACCUGCUGCAGGGGCCUCGGGGCACACAGGGUGCAGGAGAACCAGCAGUCCCCUUGGAGCAGUUUUCCUACCAGCAGCACAAGCUCCCAGAGCCGUGGUGGACACAGAGCAGGGAUGUGUGGGCAGGUUAGCAGGUGAUGCCACCACAGCAGCUCCCAGGAGAGGGCCCAGCUCCAGCCCAGCCCAGCACAAGCCCUGAGCGAGCACUGCAGCUUCAGGAGCCCAUUGCAGCCCAUUCCCACCCAUCCCAGGGCACAAUCUCUAAAGGGUGGGAGCUCAGCCUUUGCCCACCCACCUCAGCAGAGCCUUAAAGCCAUUUUGCUCAAAGACUUUCUAUGCCCCCCUCUAC